CUCCACGCCGUCAGCCACAAGCUGGCGCUUACCAGCAUACCGAUAGGGCAUACGCUGAUGUCCGCCACCCCGUCCACGCUGAACGCAAUCAUCAACGGUAGUUUCGAGAACCACAGCUGGGACCGCACUACCAAGCAGCUUACGUCGAGCAUCCUAGAACUACGCCGACAGACAGACACGUCGAAGCAAAGCACAGGACGCCACUUCCAGCAUCUGAAUAGUGAGUUCUCGUGCGAUCAGAGCCUGGACAUGGACAUCGCUCUGGCGGCCUGGAUGGCGUCGUUUAGUUCUGUGGCGGUGUAUAUGUUACGGAUGAAGGGCAGGUUCUUUAGCAAUCUGUGGGUGAGUCCAUUGCAGCGUCAGUUACAGAUGUUUAUGGAAUUAGCGCCGCAUCUGAAUGAUAUUCGGUGUACCGACGCCACACUCGAGGACACUGCAGACAACGACACAGACACCGUGGACACGGCCGAUUCAGCUACUGAUAGCUUCGGUGAUAAUGCCAAGAGCAAAACGGUAAACAAGCUUCAGAGGGACGAUAGCAAUACUACGCAGAGCGACCCCGGCACUAGCGCGAGUAUCUCCCACAACAGGAGCACCAGCAGCGAGAACAACAUUGGUCACAGCACCACCGGGAACGAUAACUUCCCACUUGAUAAGUCUGGGAAAAAGCCACGCGAGCGGUCGCUGACUGGCCCAUCCCGCCCCGAUCAUGGGAAGCUGACGCCCCCAAGGCGAACCAAUACUCCGAGCCAUAUGGUCACCCACACACUCGCACCCAGCAAUAUGCAUACACGC